UACAAUUUCGCAACGUUCAUUGCUCAUGAAAGGACAUUUAUACUCCAUAUUUCCUCCACACAAACACACCCAAACAUCCUCACCAUGAUAUUCUCCAUAUUCAUUGACCUCCUCGCCGCAUGUUUCAAUAUCCUCUCAGCCGUGCGAACACUUGGCGCGGCCCUCUUUACAAGCGUUAGUUCCCUUGUCGGCUACACGGGCGCCUUGUGGGCCAUCUCUCUAGGCAUCGCAACCGGUGUCUACUUGUUUGUCUAUUUAUAUUUUCCCAAAAUAUCUUCGUAUACCCCUGCGACAGCGCGAUGGACGGCGUCCGCCAAACAACGAAAUUUCGAACAUGUGUGGGUGAGAGGGGAUAUGCUGUUGCUGGACCAUGGACAGGGACCGGCUUAUUGUAAUGCGUGUAGCGGGUUGGUGGUUCAAGGUAUUACAUGCCUGGUGUGCCGACGGUGUGCGCACAAGGAACAUCACAAUCUUGUGGAAGACAUGCCGUGCAAGCGAUUGUACACAACAACAGCGUUACCUAGCAUUCUGGGCGUCAAACGACAACACAGCAAAGACUCGAUCCAUUCCACAGGAUCCAAUGAGGACUGUACGCGAGCAGAUAGCCAAGAAUUACCAUCACCACCAGGAGACUAUGCUCAUCAAUGGGUCGAAGGAAAUCUGUCAUUGGGAGCCCGAUGUCAAGUAUGCUAUGCAUCAGCGGGAAGCGAGCCAACCCUAAAAGACAUGCGAUGCAUCUGGUGCGACGUGACAGUCCAUACAACCUGUUUCACACAGUAUAGAACCAAAUGUCCUCUGGGACCAUUUCCCGAUCUCGUUGUUCCCCCGGACCUCGUCACACGGAUUUCGAAAGCCUCCAGAGGAUCAACUCAAAAAAGUGACCCGCGGUUCAGUGUGACUCGAUUGCCAGAUGAGGGAUCCAGACCGUUGCUGUGUAUCGUAAAUCCUGCGUCGGGGGCGCAAAACUCUGCUGCAUUGCUUCGGGGUCUCUUUGCCUUACUGAAUCCAGUUCAGGUCGUGGAUACGUCACGAGAAAAUCCCGAAGCAUUGAUAAGAGCCUUUGAGCCUGUCAUUGAUCGGUGUAGGGUUCUGGUUUGCGGCGGGGACGGUACCAUUCAAUGGGUCAUCUCCAUUCUGGACAAGGUCGUACCACCUGGGAAGAAGAAACCGCCUGUCGGAGUUUUGCCCCUCGGAACAGGAAACGACCUUGCCCGUGUGCUCGGAUGGGGUGGCGGAUGGGCUGGAGAAGAAGUUCGGGAUAUCGUACGAGAUGUGGAUAGUGCGCGUGAAGUUGAAUUGGAUCGGUGGACAGUGACGAUUACAGAAAAGGAAUUUCCCUUAUCAUCUACUGAAAAAGUGGGACGUGCUUUGUAUCUCACUUCCAAGAAGGAGCCGAAAAUGAUGGUCAUGAAUAACUAUUUUAGCGUUGGGACGGAUGCUUCUGUUGCUCUAGAUUUUCACAUCACCCGAUUGCGACAGCCCCAGUUUUUUCGCAACAGACUGUUAAACAAAGUCUGGUACGCCCUAUUUGGAGGAAAACACCAAUUUAAAAACAUUCUUUCCCUACUGGGCAUUGUCCGCAACGUCCAGCCGUCUGCUUCCGUCCUUGAUGACGAAAACUCGCCCACGGACCGCCAAAGAGAAGAUGCACCCAUGCCCUCACCAGGUGCUCAUGAACCCCUCUCCGCGUCCAGUCUCUAUCUCGACUCGAGCACUGAAUCCAUUGAUUUGACUGACAUGGGUGCACUCAUUAUCCUCAACAUCCCUUCAUACGGCGGGGGAGGCAAGAUUUAUGCAGCAGCCGAAGCGGAAGGAUACCCCCUGUCCCGGUUCAAUGAUGGAAAACUGGAAGUGUUGGCUGUGGCAUCACCGUUACACCUGGGUGCCAGCGUGGUGGGAUUAUCCUCUCCUGCAGUCCUCGGUCAAGCCAAAUCUGUGAAAAUUGAGAUUGAUGCAUCGGAAGUGGCCAUGCAAGUCGACGGCGAACCGUGGUUGCAAAAGGGGCCAUGUACAGUCACAUUGUCCUUUUUGGGACAGACUCGGAUGUUGAAGAGGAAGGAGGACAUUGUGUUGACGGAUAGUGGCUUGGACACCGAGGAAGAUGAGGAAGAUGAAGAGGAUAUGUCGGAGGCGGAGGAGGAGGUGUUACCAGCAGAUUUCGCGCGGUAGUUUACAUAUUAUGCACAAAUGCAUAGGAAGGGCUCUGCAUGUUGCCUCACGGUCAUCACAUGUACAUUUCUGCAUUGUGAAACUUAAUGAAUUGGUUUUGUGAAUUAGCACAAAUACUUGAGAGGGACUGUCGGUUCACACACGCAAAUACUUUUAACAUCGAUUAAAA